CGGUGCCUGCGGAGAGGCGCCAUCUUGGAGGCUGGCAGUGGUGGCGACGGUGGCGACUCGGGCUCUGCGCGGCGCCAGCGGGACAGAAGACCGGCUGCUGAGAGAGGCUCCCUCCCUCCUGGGGUUCGGUAAAGUCCCUGCGCGCCGGAGACGAAGUCCUGGGUCUCUUCCCUGCCCCCCCUUUCCCGCCGCAGUUAUCUGAACAGGGGCCUCCUGGUAUUGAAUUUCCCGCGGCCUAGUAACGGCCUAGCGUUGUUUAUUUUUGAGGCCUGUCUCGGUCAUCUUCUCGUCUUCUUCGCGGGCCCUUUAUUUGCUCUUUGGUUUUGUUGAACUUUCUAUGAGAGUUGGUUCCCCGGAUCUUCUUAGUCUGCCCCUUUGCGCGUCCAGCCCAGCCCCGCUAAGUAAAGUUUAUCAAUAUUGCCGCUUUCUCAGCUCUCUUCCUGCGCUCUGUGACUUUCCCUGUCCUUUAAGAGAUGUUUGAGGAGCUCUUUCUUUACUCCUACUCAUCAGAAGCCUUGUAAGGAUCUAGGAAAGUGUCGGGUGGAUUGGCCUGACUCCAAAGAUAAUAAACAUAAGUGUAUCUUAAUUUCUGGGCCCACGUCACUUCCCGGUCCGAGCAGUUAUAGCCUGGGCUUGCCAUUUCUAGCAGCACUGAUAUUCCCCUGUGGGCUGCUCACAGUAUGACGAAAUCCUGUGGUCUUCUUUUGCCUAAAAAACUGCAGAAAUAGUAUUUAGUGUAGUUGGGGUUACUUCAGUAGUUGGAUUCUUUUGUUCUUCGAAUUUUUCUAGAAAACAACUAUAGAUGUUCUGUAUUAGUAUGUGAACACUUUAAAAAAGGUAUAUAGCCCUUGUAGACAAAAAUACAAUAGUGUUGUGGCAUUCAGUUUGUGGCACUGACUUUCACUUCCAAAGCAAGGGUCAUGCUGUAUUAAAAUUUGUGUUUUUGAAAGCAGACCCUUUACUUCUUAAAAUCUGCAUUCAGUUAGGCAUCUGAAGAAAGUGGACGUUUAUAUUUCUGAAGUUUAGUGUGUAUUAAGUGCCAUUCUAUGUAGGUCUGCUAGAAUUUUGCUCAGCUCUAUUCAUUGAGGCAUACUUUUGGGAAGGUAUUCUUAGAAUGGCCUACUAAGUUACAGUUGCCAUUAUAAUAAAACUUCUGAAUUCUUUGAACAUUCACUUAGGAUCUAUAUGAAGACUGAAUAUGCCCAUUUCUCCAAUCACCCACACAGGAGAUGCAGCACUUUUAGUGGAAAAAGCCUGUGGCUUCUUCCUAGUGUACAGAUGACAGUGAGAGAAACUGAGUAAUAUGUUAAAACUGAGAAGGAAGGGUUAAGGAUUAAGAGUAGCUCCAUUCUGUAUGUGGCACUUGCUUUUGGCAUGGAUACUGUGGUCUUUCCCAGAAGUUUGCGAAUGACAGACACACAGUAAACACCAGUGUACAUGAGUCUGAAAGCCCUGAUUGGGUUGCAGCAUUCUGCACAAGUACUUAAAGAUAUGAUCUUAUAUUCAUAUGGUACAUGUUUGCUACAGGAAAUGCUGUGUGAUGAUAGUGCUUCAACAGAAAACAUUAUUUCAACAAAGCGUAGAAUAGUUCAAAGAGAAAACCAUGGCAAAACACCCAUCUCUGCAAAUUAGAUUGCAGAUGAGAAAAUCAGCAAUAGUGGAAUUUACGGUUAAAGACAUGCAGUGGUUAAAGACAUUGAGUCACAAUGUACCUGGUCUGUCACUUGCUCCCAUGCAUUAUGAUCUUCAAGUAAAAAAAUGCCAUUUUAUUUGAACCUGGUUUAACACAAACUUAUUCCUCAUAGUAUUACCAUGGGAUGUUAUAAAUGUAUUCUUGAUGAGGCAGUGUGUAAGUGUACAUGAAAACUACUGCUUUUGAGUCCUUUAUCUGAAACAAAAGCCCUUAUGUGUCUUGCUUCAAAGCCCAUUUGUGGUAUUUCUGUAACAGGCAAUGGACUAUUGAAUCUGCCAGAACUGAAAAUAACAUGGCUAGUGCAGGCCCAGUGACACACUUGUUGGCAAAUAGCCAUAAAUUGUGGUAGUAACUUUCCUUGUAUCUAGCAGACUAAAUGCCAAAUAGGACAAGACUCGGUCUGAGAACACAGGUCUGUUCCAGUUCUGAUAGUCUUGAGCAGCUGAUGUUCCUAGAAAUGAAUUUCAAAAAUCUGAAUUAUUGGGUUUUUUUCAUGUAGGCCUUGGGCUUCAUCAUAUGUGAGAUUAUUCAGUUCCAUGAAAUAGAGGGAUAGUAAAUAGAACUGUAGCUGUAGUUUCUAUUCUGUGCUUUAGCACAGUGUGCUGCCUUAGAAGAAGAAAAUGUGCUCUCCUGUUUUUCCAUCAGAACUGCCUUCUUUAUGGUCUUUAAAGCAUCUCCAUGUGCAUGCUCACAACAUCCCCAGUGUGACAGCAUAUUAGCAGAUUGCUUGCUUGAUAGUCAAGUGUAAUGAGAGAGUUGAUGUGAGCCCAAGGAUUAGAAUGUGAAAGUUUGUCAUACUGUACUUAGAUCAUUAAGUUCACAUUGUGCUGCUAAGAAUGAAACUGCCUUUUUCUGGCACUUGCUCAAGAGCUAACCAGUAAUCAUUUAGCUCUUAGAAGCAUGCAUAUGAUGGCAACACAAAAUUGUGCAACUUUUCCAAGAGUACAUAUGCAGUCUUGAGAAUCAAGUUGGCCUUCAAACAAUAUGCCAAUUGUCAAAGUACAGUAGCAUUAUUUCAUUAUUUGUCUAAAUUGGAUUAAUAAAUUAUGAAGCAAUAUUUUUUACUGUUAAAGGAAUGUAUUAAUUAAUAUUUUCUGAGAAAUGUAAAUUAGUUGCUGUUGAGGAACAUUUUGGUACAAAAGUGAGUUAUGAUUAAAUAUAAAUUUGAUUUGUUCUUUUUCCUUAAUGUAAACUGUGCACUACUAUCAUUUAGUACAAGUAAAUAAAAUUUAAGUACCAAGUAAGAAAAAACCCACUAAACUUGAGUUUUUGGUGGGUUGUUUAGUUUUUAAAAUAUGUAAUUACCCUUUAUGAAAAAAAGCAGCAUAGAUGACUAAUUUAAAAAACAAAAACAAACACACCAAAAGCAGCAACUUCUCCUUUCUCUAUUUUAGAUUUGGGGAAAUUCCCUGCCAAAAAAAAAUCCAGGAAAUACACUAGUAUUUGUGUGAGUAAAAGGUUCUAACCUUUUAUUAUUCAACUAUAAGAAAUAUUUUUAGAGGCUAAACUAUGUUCUUUUAAUUAACAGGAUUUUCUUUUUUUUUUUCUGUGGCUGUGGUUGUUUGCUUGGAGUUUGGAUCCAGAGUAUCCUGUCAAUCUUUAUCAACAAUAAGCAGCCUCAGAUAUUGCACCUAUGUAAGCUUUUUGCAGUGAUAAGGAAAAAAACUAUACUGAAGAUAAGAAUUCAAAGAUCUUAAAAGCAAAAUUAAAUCACCUUUCCAAAAUCUCACAUAAAGCAAAUUGGUUUUGAAAGCACUAUGUCAUGCAGUUAUGUUCUCCAUAAAAUUUCAUUGCAACUUAAUUUGUCUAAAACCGAUGGUUGUAAGAUUGAUUGUAUAUAUGUGUACCCCUUGUGUCUUGCACAUAUAUACAACAUACAUGUUAUCAAUUUAUAUUCUCAACCAAUGUUACCUGAUUCGUAAACUACUGACCAGAAAAUGUAUUUAUAUGCAGUUGCAAUUACAUCAAUUCUCCAAAUUUGACUUUAAACUUUAAAUUGAAAAUAGCCUAAACAUCAUUUUUAAUUGCCCCUGUUUGUGUAUACAUUGUUGCAUGUAUAGACACAUUUAUGUAGAUAUACACUUGUAUAUAUACAUAAGUUUAUACGUACAAGUAUGUUUUUAUUAUACAGUUAAUAAAGGCCGGGGAAGAUUUUUCCUUUUUCCCAAUAGGUGAAGAAAUCUUGAAGACCAGAAAUUGAAAAUUAUGUAUUAAUUAAAAAAAAAAGCUAAAUUGUCCGGCUGUGGAAGAUGGAUCUUCUUCUUUGCAGCCGCUUUGAAACACAAGUUCAUCUUUAAAUGAACUGUUUAUUUUGAAGAGGCAAUGAGCCAUCAGUGUCUCCAGUCUUCCUGAUUGUUCAAAUGGACUUGCUUCCUCCAGUAGUUGUUCACCCUCUGUCUGAAUUUUGAAUGAGGAUGAGAUGUGUUUCCUGGCAGUGUGAGGAAGAAAAGUGUUUCUAUUCCAUUGUUAUCAAUUCAUGGAUUGAGUGUUGAUUCGGCCUACAGGAGAAAAAUAACUGGAAGUCUUUGAAGACAGAGUUGAUUGCUAAACUUCUCCAGAUAAUAUAUUGAAGAAGAUAGCAGAAGGUCUACAGAAGAUUUGGGCCGGUUUAAACAAAGUUGCGGCCAGCCGUCACUUGGAAGCCUGUGUUAAAUUGUCACGUUCCAGGAUAACUUACAGUGAAAUUAUAACUCAGUAUGACUAACCAAGGAGAUGAUUGUUAUUUUUAUUUCUACUCCACAUGUGCCAAGGGAGAUAGUUGCCCUUUCCGUCACAGUGAAUCUGCCCUGGGGAAUGAAACUGUCUGCACCCUCUGGCAGGAAGGUCGAUGCUUCAGGAAUGUAUGCCGGUUUAGACACAUGGAGAUUGAUAAAAAACGUAGUGAGAUUCCAUGCUACUGGGAGAAUCAACCAGUGGGAUGUCAGAAAUUGAACUGCGCAUUCCACCACAACAAGGGGCGCUUUAUUGAUGGGCUUUUCCUACCUCCAAGUAAAAAUAUUCUCCCAAAUGUGACUGAAUCUGUAGAAGAAGAUAUAAAGACAACACAGAUUCCACUGCAACAGAAUAAGCUUUCUGUCCAGUCCAAUCCAUCCCCGCAAUUGCGUGGGGUCAUGAAGGUGGAAAACUCUGAAAACGUCCCCAGCCCUACACAUCCCCCUGUUGUAAUUAACGCUGCAGAUGAUGAUGAAGAUGAUGAUGAUCAGUUAUCUGAAGAAGGAGAUGACUCUAAAAUGACUCCUCAGCAAACCAGUGCAGAGAGUCAUAAUGGAUUACGGGUCGUUUCUACUCGGAAAUCGACGGUUAGCACAAAAAAAGAUGACAAUUUAAAUUUUGGAAUAAAAACUCUUGAUGAACUCAAGUCAAAGAAGCUGAAAGAAAAGUCAAAGAAGCAAGGCGACAACCCUAUUGAAGUUGCUCUUCAAGCCCAGACCCUUCCAGGCCCACAGAAGGAAAAUGUACGAACUGUGGUCAGGACAGUGAUGUUAUCUACAAAGCAAGGAGAGGCACCUCGGGUUAGAUUGACUCUUGCAGAGAGACUAGGGAAACGGAAAACAUCUAUAGUUGCUGAGAGUGGUGUUCCUCUAAAACGCAGCCUUGCUGAAAGACUGGGAAAGAAAAUAGACUCUGUAGACAGUGCUGAGAACACAUCAAAGAAAGAUUAUGCUGCCAAACCUGCAGGUGAAAUCCGUGUAAAAACACUUGAAGAAAUCCGCUUGGAGAAAGCCAGCCAAAGAAAAGGAGAAAUUCCACCCAAGGGUGAAGUUGCUUGUACAACGAAUGAUCCCAGUCCAGUCUCAAAACCCUCCCCUGCAAUCAGGAUUAAAACCUUUUCUGAAGUCCUGGCUGAGAAGAAGCAGAGACAACUGGAACAAGAGAGGAUAAAAGCUGAAAAAGGGAGCCUUGGCAAUCCAAAGCCCGAUGGUGAGCCUCAGAAGGAGGGCUCUCUGGUUUCAGUUGUCUCUAGUAGAAGAAAACUGGAGGAGCCUUCAGGCAAAGCCAAGGGCUUCAGGGAGGUGCACAUCAAAACACUGGAAGAGAUUAAGCAAGAGAAGGCUCUCCGCCUGCAGCAGAGUGGAGAAAACAACUCAAAAGUGCACAUGCAAUCUGAGUGUGCUGUCCUUGGGAAGAGAUUGCUCUGCAUUACAAAGCCAACAGCCCCUGGAAGGGAAGAAAAGAAGCUCCUGGAACGGAAAUCCUCGCCCAGAAUGUUUCCAGCAGAUGCCACUGCAAAGCCGUUGGAUGGCAGUGCCAGCAAUUCACAUUCUAAAGUCUAUGUGAAGAGCUUAGAAGAAAUAAGGAAGGAGAAGCAACGGAUAAAUCAGCAACAGGGGGGGAACCUCCUCGAGGAACACGUGACCGCGCCAUCUGCUGGGGAAGAACCGGCUGCAAAGAAGGCCCUAGUGAUUACCAGUUCAGAGUCCUCAGUGACAAAAGAGAAAAUCCGUCCAGUUACAAAGAGGGUGCUGGUGAGAUCCCAAGAAGCAGCGCCAGAUGAUGUGGGAUCAGAAGAGUUGGGGCUUUCCACUCAGGCUGUGGAGCGACGAGCUAAAGCCAAACCCAGGGUGAGCAUGAUGAAGCCAUCUGGAGUAAAAGCCACAUCUCCGGCAAAGCAGGCAUUGAAACGGAAAGCAUCUGAAUGUCACCCCACUGCUAUUGCAGCAGUGAAACCUCUGAGCCCUGUCCCAAACCCAAGCACAAAGGAGCUCUCAUCAGAAAACAUGGAUGAGACAAGUGCUCUGGGCUUUGCCAAAGAUGCUGUGGCCACUGUUUCUGAGCAAGAGAGUUGUAAAAUCAGAUCUGAGCCACUCAUAGAUAACCAGGAUGAGACAGUGAGCUCAACUUCUUCCCCUGCAGCUGUGAGGACACACAGGCUCAGCUCGACAGGAGCUGGGAAGUCACACGCUUCAAUUGAAGAUGACUUUGAUAAGCUGAUCUGGGAAAUUUCAGGAGGCAAACUGGAAGCAGAGAUUGAUCUGGAUCCUGGAAAAGAUGAAGAUGACCUCCUGCUAGAACUUUCUGAAAUGAUUGACAGUUGAUUCUUGCACAUAAUUCCUUUUUUGAAAGAAAAUUAAAUAUGUAUAUUUUGUUAGAUAACUGAGACUACCCCUUUCUAGCUGAAGAAUUCUAACAUGUCUUAAAGCACACUUGAACUGGUUGAAGAAAUUGGUAGUAGCUUCAUUAAGUUGCCCUGAAUUGCCCUGCUGGUCAGAUGGAUGUCUCGUCAGAGCUCUCCACUUGAUGCCCACUUGAGAACAAAACCACGCACGUUUCAAUUUGAGAAGAUCUGGUUGUCAUUCAUCAUUCCAUGAAGGUUCCAUUUGUGCUGCCAGCUUAAUGAUCUUCAAGAGGAUUUUUAUUAAACCAUUGUGUUUGUUUUCCAGUUAUGUGUGCAAAGCUGUUUGUCCUUAUAUUUCAAAGCUUCCUCUUGCCUUGUGAUUUUUAUAUUUAAUUUCUGUAUUCUAGAGUUAAUGUGUCAACUCUUCACAUAUUAUUUUUUAAUUUGAUACAAGGUCAGCAAUGCAGCUUAAAAUGAGGAGCAUGAACAGUAGGUAAUCUUGGACCAAGCAUGCUGCCAAAGUACAGCAGGGAUUUGUUCCUCCUUAGUAUUGAAAACGAUGCAGUAUGUUCAAAUGAAACAUUGGAAAGCAUUUUAUAUUUUAUCUUCCCAAUCAUUCUGUUCUAGCUGGAAUGCUUCCUACUGCCAAGCAUAAAUUCAUGAGGCAAAUUAUAGAUGUCCCUGUCAUGCUCCUGUGUCCUUUCACCAUAUUGUGAAGGUAUGCAAAAUUAUUCUCAGGUUCUAUUCUCUUUUCCUACACUGAGCACUGGAUGGCCCACUGUGCUGGCAUUGCUCGGGCCAUCUUUGGCAAGGCUUUGGAAUGCUAUUCUAUUUUCCCUUGCCCAAACUGUAUAAUGAUUUUGAAUUUUUGUCCUCUGAACUUGCUUGGCACUCAGUGACCAAGCAUUUGUAACUUGUAUUUGUGGACUCUCUGUGAACACUUCAGUGUUCCCUUCUGUUGCUGUUCAGUCUUGCCUCCACGUUUUUCAACCAUGUUAUCCUUCAAUUUGCUAUAUUUUAAUUAGUCCAAUCCUUCUUCUUUACUUUUUGCAAUGGUAUUGGGAUGGGAUACAAAAUGUGUUUGUGGUUGUGUUCUUAGAACCCAAUUCCCCAGGAUUAUCUACUGUAAAUAUAUUCAUUUCUUUGGGGGGAAAACUGUGCUCUGCAAAUUCACUUGAAGGUCAAAAAAGACUUGUUUUUAAAUGUAUUCAACAACGGCUGUGAUAAAGAAACUACUAGAGAAGACAGAACUUACAGAGAAGAUAGAACCAAUGAUUUCAAAAUACCAACAGACUUGCAAUGGAACUUUUGGUUGACUGUGUAUGAAACUGACUGACACGCUCUGGAGACUGAAAAGCUUUUCAGUGUUGUUUUCAGUAGCUGCUCUUUGCUUAAGAAGAAAUUGGUAUCUAUUUUCUUCACUUUGCUCCUUUGUAAUCUGAUGAUUGGAUUUUAAGUAUGUCAUGUUAUUUUCUGUAAAUUGUAAUCCUUGUUUUCUAUUGAAGACAUUACCUAAAACACACAUGUUCACCAUAACUUUAAACAGUUUUACAAGACAAAUGUAAUUGUGUUUUAAAUAAAGCUAAUGUAAGAAAAUGUAUUAGAAAGCAAAAGGUGUUCAAUACAUGAGUAGAAUAGCAUUUCUUUAUCUGCCCUAGCAUCUUAGCCUCUCAGCAUCAAAAACCAGGACGUUCAUGUGCAGGAUAUUUAGUUCUACACUAGAGAUAGUUAUUGGGCUAUAUUAGAAGUCUGAAAUAUGUUCUGAGCUAAGGAUUCUGAUCGUUAUGAUUUUGUUGCACUUUUGCUUUCUGUAAAAUUGGGGGGGGGGUUGUAUGUUAAAUAUGUAGUAUGUUUGCUCACCUUUUUUCAAGCUCAUCUGGCCCAAGAAUUCCAAAACUAGGCAAGAUUUCAGUGUUGUUAAACCAUUUAUAAACAGCCAGUGCUCAGCUUCUCUAUGGUACAUGUGAUAGUAACAACUUCCUUUCAGAAAGCCCAAUAAAGAAGUGGUACAAGAUGACAUUUUUCAACCAGCCUUUGGAGGGGAAAUCAGGAUAUAUUUUAAAGUAGAAUUACUGUUUUCUCCUAACUAUUGACUAUCACCAAGUGAAUGCUUGGGCAAUGUGAGUGCAACGUGGCUACCAUCAUAAAGGUUUUUCCAAUCUCAUCA